UUUGGUUGCUAAUGACAACAACAGCCACUGUAGAAAGCAGUUUGUUGUGAGACACGAGGUAAAGAGUGUUAUUUCUGCCUCCGCACAGGGAAGAGGAGCGUGUAACUUCCAAACAUGGCAAACACAGAAUUUUUAGACACUAUGCAGCUGGAAAGAAUAAUCGGUUUCAACGGGGCUGUAACAAAUGGACUCAAAGUUCACCCAGAUCGUCAACAUCUCAUUUACCCACUUGGCUGCAACAUCAUCAUUGAGGAGAUAGCAAAAGAAGGUUAUGGCACCCAGACUAUCCUGUCCAAACACACAAACUAUGUGUCUUGCCUGGCCAUUUCACCCUCGGGACGCUAUCUGGCCUCAGGACAAGUAACACACAUGGGCUUCAAGGCUGUGAUCAUCAUCUGGGACUAUGAGACAAAGCAGCCAAUUCAUGAGAUCACCCUACACAAGGUCAAGGUUGAGGCACUUGCCUUUUCCAAGAAUGAAACCUAUCUAAUCUCACUUGGAGGACAAGAUGAUGGAUCGGUUGUCGUUUGGGAUGUUGAGAGAGGCGAGGCAAUCUGUGGAUCCCCAGCUCAGGUGGAAAGUGCCGGCAACACAUACUGUGUUUGCGCUUCCGAUGUGUCAGAUGAUGUCUUCGACACUGGAGGAGAAAAUACACUGAGAGUAUGGCAGCUUGAUGUACAAAACAGAAAAAUACGACCAACUGACGUGAACUUGGGAGUUCUCAAAAGAACUGUCACAUGUAUACAGAUGAUAAACAAGGGCAACAUGAACUUCUUCUUCUGCGGCACGACAACUGGCGACAUCCUCGCCAUCAACAUGAACACCGUCCGUCUGCAGUUCCUUGUGCCAGAGAAAAACAAGUUCAGCCAGGGUGUCACUGCCCUUUCCUUUGUCAAAGUUGAUGAUGGGGUCGAAAACUUUGAUUUCCUGGUUGGAGCCGGAGAUGGCACUCUGGCUCAGUGCAAGAUUAAGGUCACCAUGGAUGGGAACAAGAUCAAGGCAGCUCUCAAGCUCAGUGUCGAUCCCUGGAAAGAUAAGAUGGUGAAGAACAAAUCCAGCGCCUUAACUUCCAUAGCCCUGAGAGGAUCUGGACACCAGUUUUUUGUUGGAAGUAGCAUUUCAAACAUCUACAAGUUCAACUAUCCUGAGUUCAGUUGUGUCCUCAAGAAGACAUGCCACUCCAAGCCUGUCAAUGAUGUCAUCUUCCCACACGGAUCUUCCGAGCUGAUUGUGACUUGCCAGGAUGAGGAGAUCAGAAUCUGGCACCGUGAGACUGGGAAGGAAAUCAGACGUCAUGUUGUCUCCAACAUGAUGUGCAAUGCUCUUGACAUCACAAGGGAUGGCAAAGCUAUCAUCAGUGCCUGGGCAGAUGGGAAAAUACGAGUGUAUGGUUUUGGCCCUAAAGACAUCACUGACAAGUUUAGUAUCCCUGACGCUCACAACAAAGGUGUCACAGCUAUAGCCUGUACAUCUGAUGGAAGAAAGAUUGUGAGCGGUGGGGGUGAAGGUCAAGUGAGGAUCUGGAGAGUGGAGGAGAGUUAUGACUCUCGAGGAAAGACAUCGUCCCGAGGGGUUCUUGAUGCCACAAUGAAGGAGCACAAAGGUCUGGUGUCUGCCAUCAAGAUCCGAAACAAUGACAAGGAAUGUGCUUCGGCCAGUACAGAUGGAACAUGCAUUAUCUGGGACCUUGUAAAUCAAGCCAGGAAACAGAUUGUGUUUGCCAACACAUUGUUCCAGUGUGUGUCCUAUGGUCUGGGUGGUCAUCACAUCGUGACAAGUGGGACUGACCGCAAGAUUGCCUACUGGGAGACCCUUGAUGGCUCCGGCACCAGGGAGCUGGAUGGAGCCAAGACAGGAGCCAUCUACACGCUUGACAUGUCCCCUGAUGGCAAAUACUUUGUCUCUGGAGGAGAGGAGAAAAUGAUCAAGUUGUGGAAGUAUGAUGAAGGGGAGGUAACUCACAUCGGAGUUGGACACAGUGCAUCUAUCACCAAAGCUCGCAUCUGUCCAAACCAGCGGAACAUCGUCAGUGUGGGAACAGAUGGAGCCAUUCUAAUUUGGAAAUUCCCUGAUCACCGUUAACUUGGAACAACGGGAGUGCUCAUCAUUAACUUGACAAUUUGUCACAAAUUCUUUUGCCAUUUUUUUUUCAGCGUAAAUAUCAAAUCAUCUAUGUCCACCUAUUAUAACAUUUUACCUAGUGGAAUUCACUUUUUAAAGAUUUGUAAGUUUAGCUAAGUCAGAAAAUUGCAACACAGACUAAGAAAUUAGUAGAUUUUCAUGAUUCAUGUACAAACCAUUUGAAGAUCCUGUAGUUUCCAGUAAGUCAAAAACCCUUUUGGCUACAAAAUAUAAACAUUCCAAGUACCAGUUGAUGUAGACAAAUUUACUUGCCUAUCUGUUUAAAGAGUAACAGUUGCAAAACAGAAGAAACAAAGAUCUUUCGAUUUGUUUGCAUGUGCUGGAUCUUACUUUUGUUUGAUUUUGGAAUAAUAGAGUCCAUAAAAAAUCUUACGACAGAUCAUUUAUUUUGUUUCCUUAAAGACUUAGAAAUAGGAUGACUUCUUUAUGUUUAGGAGAUGUCAUCUCCAAAUGUUUUAUGUCUGUAUAUUUACAACAUGGAAACAUGUUUAUUUAAAUACUAUUUGUUAAAAGGUGAUUCUAGUGCAACUACUUGUGAUGUGUCUGAUUGAACUUCCACCUGUAUUUUGUUUCUGUGUAUAUAAAAACACUACAUGUCCGUCCAACUAGAUACAGACUAAGUUAGCAACACAUAUUGUAUAUAUAAAAGUGACAACUUUCUGUGUAAACAUGUUAGAACUGUAGUAUAUAUCAUCUGCCAUGUUGGUUUUGCAAUCAGCAAACAUUGUACAGACUAAUACUCUCUUGUUUGAAAUAAAUACACAUUUCACCUACA